AUGUUACUUCUUUUGCUAGCAAUAUUUCAAUUCCCUGGAUUGUUCUCGGGGAUUUUAGUGCGGAUUGGAGGGGAUCCUAUCCACCAAGAGGCUACUGAGGACCUUACUUCCUUCAUUUAUGACUCGGACCUUGUUGAUUUAAAGUGGAAAGGGGAGCUUUUUACUUGGAAUAAUAGGCAAGAGGGAAGUUCUCGGGUUUGCUGUAAAUUGGAUAGGGCUUUGGUAAAUUUGCAUUGGAUGGAUACUCUUAGAUCUUCUGAAGCUACUUUCCUUCCCCCGGGGCUGUCGGAUCAUUCUCCGGCAGUGGUUUCAAUCCUGGAGAGGAUGAAUUUUGGCCCAAAACUCUUCCGGUUCUUUGAGGCUUGGAUUGGUAGAGAGGGCUUUGAGGAAGUGGUUACUAGAGGGUGGGACUGCCCAGUGAAUAUGAAGCUCAAUCCUAUGCUCCGCUUUGCUGCCCAUCUCAAGAAUGUCAAAGCUGAACUUAAGAAGUGGAAUAAAGACAGCAUUGGUGAUGUUUUCCUUGCAGUCAAGAACGCUACUGCGGAGUUGACCCAUAUUCAGGUAAAUCUUACUGCCCAACCAAAUGAUUCAAACUUGGUUAAUUUAGAGUCGGAAGCCAAAAAGAAGCUUUGGGAAGCCCUAAGCAUUGAAGAAAAAUUCCUAAAGGAGAAGUCAAGAGUGAGGAAUAUUCAGCUAGGAGAUGGGAAUAAUAGUUUUUUCCACAAGUCCACGGUGUGCAGGCAAAACAGAAACCAUAUUUUGGAAGUGCAUAAUGAGGAGAAUGAGGUCAUAAAGGAGCCUAAUCUUAUUAAAGAGGAGGCUGUUUCCUUUUACAUGAAUCUUUUUGGAGCUAAUGCAAAUGAUGCUGGUUUUUUCCCUGAGUCUAUUCCUUUGCAGAAUGGCUUGAACCUUGAGCAGCAAAAUGGUCUUAUUGGAUAG